UUUUCCUCAUCAUUCCUAGACACACCUCUUCCCUCGCCGUUGCGGUGACCCUUUCUUCCUCGUUUCUUCCGGGGUCGCCUCUCCCUCUGUGUUUUUUUCCCAAGAAGGAAACAAAAUUGGAAUCUGAUUGUUAUUACAGCAAGAAAAAAGCAGAGAUUUCUCGCAAUUCAAUUCCUUUGUCAAUUUUGUCUGGAUUCAGACCACGAUGUCGGAAAUGGCGAACACAGAUCCUGAAGGAGUCGAUGGAGUCCGAAUGACAUGGAACGUAUGGCCUCGCACCAAGGUCGAAGCUAGCAAAUGCGUGAUCCCACUUGCUGCCUCCAUCGCCUUGAUCCGUUCUCACCUUGAUAUCCCAAGGCUCCCUUAUGCCCCUCUCCGAUGCAAAACCUGCUCUUCCGUGCUCAACCCUUUCUCGCGCGUCGACUUCACUGCCAAGAUCUGGAUCUGUCCCUUUUGCUAUCAGCGCAACCAUUUUCCUCCUCACUAUGGUAUGAUCUCGGAGACCAAUCUGCCCGGGGAGCUCUACCCACAGUACACUACUGUUGAAUACGCUCUUCCUCUCUCCACUAACCCUAAUACGUUCGGGAACCAGACUCUCGAUCCCAACCAUCAAUUGCAGCCGUCUCCGGUUUUUGUUUUUGUGCUUGAUACGUGUAUGAUCGAGGAGGAGAUGGAGUUCGCUAAAUCCGCGCUCAGACAAGCGAUUGAGUUGCUGCCUGACAAUGCAUUUGUGGGGUUCGUAACGUUUGGAACCCAGGUUCAAGUUCAUGAAUUGGGCUUUCCAGAGAUGUCCAAGGUUUAUGUUUUCCGUGGCAGUAAGGAGAUUUCGAAGGAACAGAUUUUGGAACAGCUAGGACUUGGUGCUUCCGGAAGGAGAACCGCCGGAAUUUAUCAAAAGGGGGUCCAAAGUGGACCCCCUAGUUCAGGUGUCUUGCGAUUUUUGCUGCCUGCAUCUGAAUGUGAAUACACUCUCAAUUCGCUAUUGGAUGAAUUGCAAACAGAUCAAUGGCCUGUUCCACUGGGCGGUCGUUCGGCACGGUGCACUGGAGUGGCUUUAAGUGUUGCAGCAGGGUUGCUGGGUGCAUGUACUGUUGGGACCGGGGCUAGAAUCAUAGCUUUGGUUGGCGGUCCAUGCACAGAAGGACCUGGCACGAUUGUGUCAAAAGAUCUAUCUGAUCCAGUGCGUUCACAUAAAGAUCUUGAUAAAGAUGCAGCACCAUACUUUAAAAAGGCCGUCAAAUUUUAUGACAGUCUUGCAAAACAGCUGGUUAGCCAGGGCCAUGUCUUAGAUCUUUUUGCAUCAGCGCUUGAUCAGGUUGGAGUUGCUGAGAUGAAAGUUGCAGUUGAAAGAACAGGUGGCCUUGUUGUUCUUUCUGAAAGCUUUGGUCAUUCAGUAUUCAAGGACUCCUUUAAGCGUGUUUUUGAGGAUGGGGAACAAUCUCUUGGUCUCUGUUUUAAUGGAACCCUAGAGAUAAAUUGUUCCAAGGAAAUAAGAAUUCAGGGAAUAAUUGGACCUUGCACAUCAUUGGAAAAGAAAGGACCUUCUGUUGCUGACACUGUCAUAGGAGAGGGGAACACAACAGCAUGGAAGAUGUGUGGCCUUGACAAGAGUACAUGCCUGACAGUGUUGUUUGAUCUUUCAGCAACUGAUCGUUCAAGCACUUCAGGAGCUGUCAAUCCUCAGUUGUACCUGCAGUUCCUGACAAGUUACCAGGGCCCAGAUGGUCAAUUAGUGCUUCGUGUUACAACUGUAACUAGAAGAUGGGUAGAUAGUGCUGUUAGCUCUGAGGAAUUGGUACAAGGAUUUGAUCAAGAAACUGCUGCCGUGGUAAUGGCGAGAUUAGCUUCCUUGAAAAUGGAGACAGAGGAAACGUUUGAUGCCACACGCUGGUUAGAUCGAUACCUCAUUCGUCUUUGUUCUAAAUUUGGUGACUAUCGCAAGGAUGAUCCAUCCUCUUUUACAUUGAAUCCAUCAUUCUCAUUGUUCCCUCAGUUUAUGUUCAAUUUAAGACGGUCACAAUUUGUGCAGGUUUUUAACAACAGUCCAGAUGAGACUGCCUACUUUCGCAUGUUGUUAAACAGGGAAAAUAUUAGUAAUGCUGCUGUUAUGAUUCAACCAUCUCUAAUAUCAUAUUCAUUCAAUUCAUUACCUGCACCAGCACUGUUGGAUGUGGCUUCCAUUGCUGCUGACCGGAUUCUGUUGUUAGAUUCAUAUUUUAGUGUUGUCAUUUUUCAUGGGAUGACAAUAGCUCAAUGGCGCAACAUGGGAUACCAGAAGCAACCUGAACACCAAGCAUUUGCACAACUACUGCAAGCUCCACGUGAUGAUGCUCAAUUGAUUAUCAGAGAUCGUUUCCCAGUCCCUAGAUUGGUUGUAUGUGAUCAACAUGGUUCCCAGGCUAGAUUUUUAUUAGCAAAGUUGAACCCCUCUGCAACUUACAAUAACGCUCAUGAGAUGUCCGCUGGUUCAGAUAUAAUCUUUACAGAUGAUGUGAGCCUUCAAGUCUUUUUUGAGCAUCUUCAAAGGCUGGCUGUCCAAUCUUAAGAGAAGAUGAUAGUAUAGAUUGACACUGUUUAUAGGUUCUGGACUUCCAUUAGCUAAAUUCUCCAAGGUUAUGUCAUGCAUUGUGCUGUUUCAUUCAGUUAUUUUCCUUUUCUUUCCUUUUGUUCUUAGAACAGAGGAUUAGAGCCCAUUCUGAUUGAGGAAUAGGGAAGAGAAAUCUCAAACACAAUUCUUGAGGGUUCUGGUUGAGGCUGUUCCCUGGAGAUGAUAAAGGGGUUCAAAAGUAUGUCAGAGACUCGGGGUGAUUUGGGAAGAAAGGGUAAUGAAAAUGUAAGUUGAGGUAAUCUCUGCGUCAGCAGCAAAGUAGAUGAGAGAGAGUUUUAGUUCCAUUUUUUAUCCCUUUUUUUUUUUAAAUUAAUUCCCAGAUCUGAAUUUUGGGUUCUUUAUCUGGAUUAAUUUAUAUAGCUGUACUUAAAUGCUGUCUGGGUUGCAUAGUGAAAUUAUUUUAAGUCAUUGUAAGAGUUUGGUAUUAGUUCCUCUUGGGAAGUUUUGUAUUUGUGGUUACGGUAUUAAGUGCUUAUUUUUUCCCCUUA